AGCAUGUCUUGAAAAACUUUGUGUAAAGUUGGUGACAUAAUUGCUUUGCAUAUUCUUUAGGAAGGAAGAUGGCGACACAUUGGGGGUCUACAAUUAGGGGAAUGUUCUAACACACCCCAAAUUAAUUUUCACCACAAUCAAUCAAGAUCCAUUUUCACCCAUCCACAAAUAUGAAAUCUCUGUUUGGUAGUCCAGGCAAGAUCAGCGGCCUCCUGUUGAGGACCUGCCAGUGCUUAUUUGCUGCUUCUUCUCUCUCUGUCAUGGCCUCUGCUUCUGGAUUCUCCACUUCUACUUCCUUCUGCUUUCUAAUUGCAGCAAUGGGGCUUCAAGUGUUGUGGAGUUUUGGACUUGCUUGCCUUGAUAUUCAUGCUUUACGGUUAAAGAAAGAUUUGCACAAUCAUAUCUUCUUGAGCCUUCUUGUUGUUGGUGACUGGGUGACAGCGAUUCUAUCACUUGCAGCUGCUUGCUCGUCAGCUGGAGUCAUGGUUGUGUUCAUAAAAGACACGAACAUCUGCAGAUCACAAGCCGCAUUGUCGUGUAAUACGUUCCAGAUCUCUAUAGCUUUGGCUUUCAUGGCAUGGUUUCUUCUUGCUGUUUCUUCCUAUGUCAUGUUUUGGUUGUUGGCCACCAUCUGAUUUUGAAUGUGCAAAUUUCGUCAUCCGUAAAUAUUGUGUUGUUGAGUGUAGAGCGUUCUUUUUUAGUGUAAAUUUGAAUCGUUGGUGCGCCAAACAUGACAUUUUGUGACCAUAGUCAUGGACCUGUCCUCAAAAUCUAAAAUUCUUUAGGGUGUUGUUUGUUUUUUCUGAGGUAAAACGUCUGUAGUCUGCGAACCACAUCUGCAGACAUCUGUAGCAGAAGUGCAGGACCUACCCUUUUUCUCAUGUAAUAUUGGUGUAAUUUUCUGAAAUUUAUAUACUAUUCGACUUUUCCUUUUGUAAGAUAAAUAAUAAUAAUGUAUACGUGUACUGCUGUAAAUGUAAA